GCUGCUCCAGCUGUGGGCGGACGAGUCGGUGCAGCUGGAGCUGGAGAGCUGCCUGCGCAACCAGCACGUCUUCAACCGCAUCGCCGAGGUGCUCCGCGAGAAGGGCAUCCACCGCACCGGGGACCAGUGCCGCGAGAAGAUCAAGAAGAUGAAGCUGGAGUACCGGCGCAUCAAGGACAACAGCAAGGCCCCGCGGGGCGGCCGCACCUGGAAGUUCUACGAUGUGAUGGACCGAGUGCUCAACAGCCGGCCAGCGCUGGCCUACGGGCCCAUGGGCGGCGGUGUGAUGGCCAGCCAGGUGCUGCCGGGCGGCAUGAUGGAUGGCUACCACCACCAGUUCGCUGCCUCUGCCCUGCACUUUGGGCACUCCCAGCACGCCGAAUUGAUGGAGAUCAAAUGCGAGGAGGUGAAUUCUGACGAGCACUGCCUGAGCCCAGAGCCCCCGGCAGCUGUGUCUUACCAGCAGGGCUGCCCCGAAGAGCAUGAGAUGGAGAGAGCCUUCCUGGAAAGGGCCCAGAAUGACUCUCCCAUCUCCAGGGUGGAAAUUCCCAUUGAAACCAGUGUUUCACCUUCAGGUUUCAGUGAGCCCAGCAUGGCCAACUCAUCCCGGAUGCAGAACGUAGUUCCUCGGCCCGGCUUCUCCGCCUUGCACCGCCUGCGGAAGAAGCGGAAAGGCCAGCGCGUGAAGGACCCGCUCGACGACCUCCUGCUGAAGACCCUGACGUCACAGCGGGCCAUGGAGGAGCGUUUCCUGCAGAUGGAGGAGCGGCGGUUCCAGCGGGACCUGGACGUGGAGGAGCGGCGGAUGCAGCUGGAGCAGCGGCGCUUCGAGCUGGAGCGGGAGCACGAGUUCCGCAUGUUCGACGUUUUCGCCCAGAUGCUCAGCAUCCUGAAGCGGAGCCACGGCGGCGCAUCCCCUUCCCUGGCCAUGCCUCGAGGCCUGGACUUCAGCCAAACGCUGUCGGAACUGACGGGCCGGGUGGGAGGAGGCGACCAGCGGGGGCCGAGGGCCGGAAGGCUGGCCGUGAGCCGGGGUGACACGUGUGGUUUUUGCCCCCCGGAGGGGUUCCGGCGCAGCCCGUACCUCUCCGCUCGCGGUAACGUCGCCAACAUCUUCCGGGGCUCUGACGAGGAGGGGUACAAAGCGUACCACGCUGACAAGUACGAUGAAGACACGAACCCCAACGGUAUAAUUAAUUUUGGCACCAGUGAGAAUAAGCUCUGCUUUGACCUGAUGUCCAAACGGCUGACACAGACCGAUAUGAACCUCAUGGAGCCACUGCUGCUUCAGUAUCCCGACUGGAAGGGACACAUGUUUUUACGGGAGGAAGUGGCUCGAUUUUUGACCUAUUACUGCAAGGCCCCUGCACCUCUUAAGGCAGAAAAUGUGAUUGUUCUGAAUGGUUGUGGCUCUUUGUUUUCUGCAUUAGCUACAGUCCUGUGUGAUCCAGGGGAGGCUGUUUUGAUUGCUACUCCUUUUUAUGGUGGUAUCACCCAGAGCGUCUUCCUGUAUGGCAACGUCAAGCUGGUGUAUGCCUAUUUAGACAGCAAGAUUACUGGAACAAGCACUCGGCCUUUCCAGCUUACUGUGGAAAAACUGGAAAAGGCCUUGCAGGAUGCCCAGGCAGAGGGUGAAACUGUAAGGGCUUUAAUUCUUCUGAAUCCCCAGAAUCCCCUUGGGGACAUCUACUCCUUGUCAGAGCUACGGGAUUACCUGGAAUUUGCUAAAAGACACGAAUUGCAUGUGAUAGUAGAUGAGAUCUACAUGCUGUCAGUUUUUGAUGAAUCAGCCACGUUUCACAGUGUCCUGGGCAUGGACAGAUUGCCUGAUCCACAGAGGACUCAUGUGAUGUGGGGAAUAAGCAAGGAUUUUGCUGUCUCUGGGAUUCGUUUUGGUACUUUGUAUACAGAGAACCAAGAUGUUGCUAAUGCAGUGGCUUCUUUGUGUUAUUUCCAUGGGGUCUGUGGACCAGUCCAGCACAAAGUUGCACAGCUACUUAGGGACAGAGAAUGGAUCAACCAGGUGUACCUGAGGGCCAACCGUGCCCGCCUGAAAGCUGCCCAUACAUAUGUGACAGAUGAGCUGAAGACACUUGGGGUUCCUUUCCUCAACCGUAAUGCAGGCUUCUUUGUCUGGAUUGAUUUCCGAAAGUACCUUCGGACAGGAACAUUUGAGGAGGAGAUGUUGCUCUGGAGGCGUUUUCUUGAUAACAAGGUUCUCCUGUCGUGUGGCAAAGCUUUUGAGUGCAGUGAACCUGGAUGGUUCCGCAUCAUCUUUGCUGACAAGACCCACCGACUACAGCUGGGUAUGCAGCGGAUCCGCAAGGUUUUGGAAGAACGAGAGCAGGAGAUAUUGUCUGAAGAAAAGGAGCAGCCUUGUCAGUCAGAUCAGGAUGGCAAAGCAGAUAGCACAGAUGAAGUCAUUUUCGUAUCCCGCCACCAGGAAUCUUCCUGUGCUGGUAGUUCCAAUCUCAGUGACCUUAUUGGCCUCCUGCAGCAGCAGAUGCGUUCAUCUGAUUGGCUACAGAAAAAUACAGCAGAACAGCUUGCAUAGAAAAA